AUGUCGUUUGUGCGGCGGAGAAGCCGAGCUGACAUUACCAAUAGACGAUUGCUGCAAGAGGAGGAGGAAGAAGAUCAAGCGCAACUCUUUUACUACAGUGGCAUCGAACGAGUUCCCAACGAUGUUACUGUGGUCCACUUGCACGAAUCCAUGAAAUCCCUUCCCUACCAAGCCUUUUAUUUGAAAAAGGUCCUCCGCAAGGUCCAAUUUCACGAUACUUCCUUGCGAACCAUUUGCGAACGAGCCUUUGCUUCGUGCUCGGCACUGGAAGAAGCCAUACUCCCGAAUUCCAUUGAGGAAAUUGAACGUGGGGCCUUUUCUCAUUGCACCUCCUUGCACACGGUGUAUCUAUCGCCUAGAGUUCAAUUGACAGUGAUUGGUCGUGGUGCCUUUUCCUAUUGCAAAUCAUUGGUGUCCUUUCAAGUUCCGCCCAGCGUUCAUACCAUUGAACGGGCUGCCUUUACACGGUGUGAUAAACUGCAGCACGUGGAGUUCGUAUCCAGUGUCAGUGCCAGUGCUGAAGUACCAUUGGACGAAUCAUCACCUUCCUCUUGUGACAAAAAAGAACCAUUAUUAUUAUUCGAGUCCCAACUGCAGUGCAUAGACUCGAUUGCCUUUGGUGGAUGCACAGGUCUGCAAACCCUGCGACUCCCCCAUGGAUUGAUACAAAUUCAGAGUCAAGCCUUUAGUGGAUGUACCUGGUUGGAUGCAAUUGAAAUCCCUGCUACUGUCGAAGAGCUGUCGAGCUUGGUCUUUGUGGGAUGUCAUAAUCUAAAGCACGUUGCUUUGCCACCAGACAUGGAUUUGAGCGAAAUGCCAGACGACGUCUUUCAAGAGUGCCACUUAUUGAAUCCCUUAGUCUUGUCGGUAAUGAAAGGAGCGGAACAAGCCAAUGAUGAUAGUGAUCGUCCUUCGCAAGUUCUGCAAAGCCGGUUUGAAGGACUGCCUAUUCACGAACUUUGCUAUUACUCCCAAGACCAAGAAGUACUGGAGCAAUUGUUAAUGCUAGAUCAUGAUGAUGGUAAUCUGUCCGAAGCAACUCAAGAUUGCUUUGGUAUGACGCCAUUUCACAUUCUUGCGUUAUCAGGAAACCGCCAAAAGGCUGUUCUGGAUCUUUUGAAAUUAUUAUUGAAGGAUCCUCGAUUUCAAACUGUGGUGACCAAAAAGGAUAUGUGGGGCUAUUUUCCACUAGUCUACGCAUGUCAAGUGGACUCGCCACUCCCAGUCAUCAAGUUAUUGUUGGAAGUGCACCAAAAAGCGGCAAUUGCAUCGACAACAAAAAUGGAAGACAUGGUAGUAGACGACUCUGCCGCCGAGUCACCAUCCACCAAUCAAGCUACCAACAAACCCAUCACUGUUCCUUGGAACCAUUUGGUCAGACACUGUGCAUCCAAUUCCGUCAAGAAUCUUCGUUUCAUUGUACGAUCUUGUCUGAAGGACCGUAUUCAACGACUGGGGUUGCAGCAAUGGAAGACUGAUGUCACGUUUGGCAUUUUUCAGAUUCCUGUCGAUGCCCAUCCGGAAGAGGCACGAACCGAACAUAUUCGAGCUUUGUGUCGUCAACUAGCAGGAUUUGAAGAAAGGGAAGCCUUGGCAAUACUGGAAUUAGCAGUAUGGAAAGGGUCCUUGGAUCGGGCAGCAAGUGCACAAGAGAAUGAGUCGGCGGCGGAAAAAAUAAACGAUCAAAAUGAAAGUGAAGAAACAGCAAACGACAAGGGGGAGAAAACGGAUGCCCAAGGCUCUAGCGACAAUGCAUUUGAACUGGAAGAAGAUUCCCCGGAAGAAAUCCUCCGAAAGACGAGACAUAGCUGCCGUGUGACAUGUAAUUCGGAUGUCAUUCUGAUGCAUGUUCGUCAACAUUUCAAGAUUCCACCGACUGACUUCUUUUGA